AUCACCGAUUAUAGCAUGUAACAGUGCAUAAGGAUGCAUGCCCGAAAUGCUUGAGGAUCAUCUAGCCCGUAGUACUCGGCUGUGUUUGAAGGUUCUCAGGCGUCAGUCCUGAUCAACCUUCUGUUUUAUUUUCUGUUGCAUGACUAACACCUUUUAAACUCUGUUCUUGUAGCUUCAUUUCACUAAUAAAAUAAAAUCAGGAGGCUGGCUCCUAAUUAGCGAAAAAAAGAAGUAGUACUGGCCGAGUCCAACUGUUACACUGCUGCUACUUAAUGAGGAUGACAUGGAUCUAUAAGACGACAGGAAAAAUAGGUAGCGGGUGUUUAGUAGGAGUAAUGGAGGAUAACCACUGCUCUGUGCUCACCAGCUUGAUCUUCUCACAGGCACCGCCCACACUAGCUCCAUCAGCUAUAAGUUAAGCCACCUACCUAGCUUGCCCUCAGCGAGGAAACACACAACAAGAAGAUCAACUACGAGAUGUUGCGAGCGAUCCGACACGGCAGCCGCUACUCCACGGCCUCAGUAGCAGCAGCAGCAGCAGGGGCCCAGACCCAGAGGCUGGCAGGGAAAGUGGCCGUGAUCACCGGCGGCGCGAGCGGCAUCGGCAAGGCGACGGCCGCCGAGUUCGUCCGCCACGGCGCCAAGGUCAUCCUCGCGGACGUCCAGGACGAGCUCGGCCUUGCCGCCGCCGCGGACCUCGGCGCCACCUACACCCGCUGCGACGUGACCGACGAGUCCCAGGUGUCCGCCGCCGUGGACCUGGCCGUGUCCAGGCACGGCAAGCUGGACGUCAUGGUCAACAACGCCGGCAUCGUGGGCUCCCUCUCGCGCCCGCCCCUGCCGUCCCUCGACCUCGCCGACUUUGACGCCGUCAUGGCCGUCAACGCCCGGGGCGUGCUGGCGGGCGUCAAGCACGCGGCCCGGGUCAUGUUCCCGCGCCGCUCCGGGUCUAUCGUCUGCAUGGCGAGCGUGGCCGGUGUGCUGGGCGGCGUGACGCCGCACCCGUACAGCGUGUCCAAGUGCGCCGUGGUCGGCAUCGUCCGGGCCGCGGCGGGGGAGGCCGCGCGCGCCGGGGUGCGCGUCAACGCCGUCUCGCCCAACUACGUGCCCACGCCGCUGGUGAUGCGCAUCCUGGAGGAGUGGUACCCGGGGGAGAGCGCGGAAGAGCACCGCCGGAUCGUGGAGAGCGAGAUCAACGAGAUGGCACGAGGCGGGGUCGUGCUCGAGGUCGAGGACGUUGCCAGGGCGGCGCUGUACCUGGCGUCCGAUGAGGCCAAGUAUGUGAACGGGCACAAUCUGGUCGUUGAUGGAGGGUUCACCGUCGGCAAGCCGCCCAACAUGCCGCCGCCAGCGGCACGUCAGUGACGAGGAGUUCAUUCGAAAUCGGAUUUUAAUGUGCUGCUGUCAGUUUCGGCAACUCACAGUACGCUCACUCUUGUCAUGGUUGGCAGCACACGUGUUAGUGCAUGGCUAAAGGCCAAAACACGUGUUUUGGCUUACUCUCCGGUGUUCUCUUUCUUCUUUCUUGUGUGUUGUUUUUACUCUCUCUAUGCCUGUUGACUUGUUGAGAUAUUGCGUGCAUUUUCCUGUUGUAUUGCGAACGAUGGUUUGCAUAUUGAAGGUGUCAAUUCGUUCCGUGCAUUUUUGUUC